GGGGCAAGAAGCCCACAGGCCUGCCCCCUCUGACUGGGCAGACCCCUCCCUGUGCACAACUGGGUGAUGUUGGACUCCGUGACCCACAGCACCUUCCUGCCCAACACAUCCUUCUGUGACCCCCUGAUGUCGUGGACAGACCUGUUUAGCAGUGAGGAAUAUUACCCAGCCUUUGAGCAUCAAACAGCCUGCGACCCCUACUGGACAUCCGUGCACCCGGAGUACUGGACCAAGCGCCACGUCUGGGAAUGGCUCCAGUUCUGCUGCGACCAGUACAAGCUGGACGCCAACUGCAUCUCCUUCUGCCACUUCAACGUCAGCGGCCUGCAGCUGUGCAGCAUGACGCCGGAGGAGUUCAUGGAGGCGGCCGGCGUCUGCGGGGAGUACCUGUACUUCAUCCUGCAGAACAUCCGCACGCAAGGUUACUCCUUUUUUAACGAUGCCGAGGAGACCAAAGCCACCAUCAAAGACUACACUGAUUCCAAUUGCUUAAAAACAAGUGGCAUCAAGAGUCAAGACUGCCAUGGUCACAGUCGAACAAGCCUGCAAAGCUCUCACCUGUGGGAAUUCGUGCGCGACCUGCUCCUCUCGCCGGAAGAAAACUGUGGCAUCCUGGAAUGGGAGGAUAGGGAGCAGGGCAUCUUUCGGGUGGUCAAAUCUGAGGCCCUGGCCAAGAUGUGGGGGCAACGGAAGAAAAAUGACAGGAUGACUUACGAGAAGCUGAGCAGAGCCCUCAGGUACUACUACAAGACGGGGAUUCUGGAACGGGUCGACCGAAGGUUAGUGUACAAGUUUGGGAAAAAUGCUCACGGCUGGCAGGAAGACAAGCUAUGAGCUGCGCCGUGCACCGAGCUCGCUGUGUGGAUGUCUCUUUCAGAACCAAUCGGGUCGCAAUAGACAUUUGAAAAGUCCUGUUUUCUUGUCUUGUCUUUUCUUUUUGUUGUUUUUUGUUUUUAAACCUGCAAACGUGCUGAUACCAUUUCCUCCCCCUCUCAGCUCCCAUUUGGAUUUGGAUUUCUUGCUGUUCACUUGGGGGAGAGGGGGCGCGGGGAAUUGUAGCAACCUUCAUGAAAUCUUUUUUUUCUUGCCCCCCUUGCCUAAGAGGAGAUAAUCCUCUGUUGUCGAGUUACAAUAACCAAUGUCAUUGCCAUUGCUACAUCAUCAUCAUGUGCUUCUACCCCUAGAGAUGCAUCCCGGGCUCCCACCCCAACGGGUCAAUGAUGUUCAACAAAGGAAGAAGGUGGCUAGUUUGUCAUUAAUAGAGUAGGAGAGCGUAAGGCAUGCGGAGUUGAGGUUUUAAAUCGUUAAAGACAGAUUCCAUGGGGUUGGGGGGCAGCUCUUCAUUCAUGAAAGAGCUAAGCCAUCAAAUUUGGAUACUGGUUGGAUUGACCAUAGAUUAUUACAAGGUUUCUUAACCAGAGCACCUAUCUGGCCGCUCAGGGAGACUCCCCCCUGGCCAUCCUUCUAUCCUUCUAACUCUUCAAAUCAGCCCCUUUAGUAAUUAUAAUUGAGUUUAUUCCCUACCUGGUGGCUGGCAUUGAACAGGGGAAGUCAGUGCCCAGACACUCAAAUCCAUCGCCCAAUUGCUGCCGGGUCUGUGAUUCAAGUCAUCAAAACAAUAGAAUGGUCAUCCAUUGUGUCUGUCUGGGACGGAGAUGUUCAGUCUUCCUAGCUCGGCAAUGUUCUGAUAACUCCGUAACAGCCAAUGACAGUGUGAGUCUCUUACCUGUCUUCCUACCUGAUGGAUAGUCCAGCACGAAACACAUAGUUCCUUGGCAAAUAUAUAGUGACAGUGAAUUUGCACCCAUAAAUGUUCCCGGGUUAGUCUGCACUGUCGCUUGCUCCUCAGUCACUGGUUUGUAAGUUAUGGAGGGCCGACGAGGUGGCCUGUCCCCUGACUGCCCCCUCACCACAGGCAGAAGCAUUGAGUGAAGAGGCACUGACCGGCCUAUCUUAAGAUCUCCAUGGUUAGAGCUUAACUUCAAAAGCUAACUCGUUUUAAACAAAAAAUGUGAAUUGCUGUAAAAUAAUCUAUUUUUGGAUUCAUGUGUUUUCCAGGUGGAUAUA